AUGUAUGCUAAAGACAAAAAUGCACAAUUAACCUCUUCACAAGUUAAUCAAAGUGAAGCAGGGCCUGAUAUUGUUGAUGUAAAUCCUACAUUUUUAAAAAAUACUCAGGCUGCAGAAAAUAACGAAGAACUAAAUCUUCAAACUAAAAAUGCUAAAGAACCUAAUUUGGUAAAUAAAAAUGGUGGGAAAGAACAUAUCAUAUAUUCUCAACAAUCUACAAAUCCAGCCAUUGAAGUCUUGGACCGCUUGAUAUCUUUGAGUCCUUCAUCUAAGGAAUCUGUCAACUCAUAUAAAAAUGAAAGGAAUUUUGUUUCUGAUAGAGAUGAGAAAAAUUUAUUUAAAUUAGAUGGCAUUGAGCAAACUGUUUUAGAAAUUGAACUUGAAAAACUGCAUAACUUAUUAUUAAAACAAGAGAAAACUAAUCAGGAAAAAGUAAGCGAUUAUGAAACACAUUUGACAAAAUUAACAGGUCAAACCUGCAUACUUCAAGAUCAAUUAAAACAAGCAGAAGAUAGGGAAAAGGCUCUGGUUAAAAAAGUGAAUGAACAAAAUCAGAAUCAUGUACAAUUGAGUAUAGUUAUGCAAGAAUAUGAGAAAUUAAUUUCCAAAUUAACAGCAGAAAUUGAAACAGAAAAAAGGGGAAAUAAAGAAAAAAUAGAAAAUUUGACUGCAGAAAAAGACUCAGCAUUACAGCAUUUAACAAAUGUCGAAGCUGCAUUUACAGAUGUUCAUCAAAAAUAUGAAAAAUGUAAGAAAGUCAUUGAAGAUUAUAAAAAAAAUGAAGCAAAAUUAAAGAGUUUAAUAAGCGACCAAAUAGACACAUUGAAAAUUAAAGAAAAACAAUUGGAAACCAUUCAAGUGCAUGCAUCAAAACAAUUAGAAAAUGCACAUAUAGAAGUUGAAAGGUCGAGACAAAAUCACGAACAAGAAAUGACAAGAUUAAGAGCUUUGUUGAGGAAAACUGAAUUGAAAGUAAUGUCAUUACAAGAAUCCCUUGAACAAAAAAUUAAAGAAAAUCAAGAAUUGACUACCAUUUGUGAUGACCUCAUAGAAGGCAAAAAACCAUAA